UAGAAAAAUCCCCCCUGCAAUCGGCUUUAAUCUCGCUCUGUCUGGCUGUGUGUAUGCGUAUCCGGGUGUGUUUGUUCGGCUCCAUUCCCUUAUCGCUCCAUCAACGUCAAAAUAUCCGCAUCUACCUGUCGGCGCUAGAUUCCGCACGUACACGUACGAGUAGAGCUGGUUGAGCUUGUACGAUCAGCACGCUGGUCAAUCUACCUGUCCGUGCUACAUUCCGCACAUAUACGUACGACGGCGAGUAGAGCCGGUUGCGCUUGUACGAUCAACGUUGUACAUUCAUUCCAGCGUUGAGUGGCCGUUUGGAGUGGUCAAUUGUGCACACAACUGGCCGAGAGAAUAUAUGCAUACUUCACAUCGCGACGCGCCGGCUUUUUAAUUCCGCAUCGCCCUUUCCAUCAUCAUCAUUCUAUCCUUCCCAGAAGUCAAAAACCCGGCAUCCAAAUUUGUCAAGGCUGUGUAAUUUUUAUUGCCAUCUCGUAUAAAUAUUAACCUGUAUUAUCGUCAUCUGUAAACAUUAUAUAAAUAUUCUCAGGAAUAUUUACCGGCCGUGCGAUUUAUUUACGGUGUGUGUUCUAUAAUGUGAAUUGGGACGUUUCGCGGGAAUUUUAUCGGUGUUAAUUACGGAUCAUUGUAACGGGCAAUGGAGUGGCUACUUGUUCCGCUACUGUACACGUUAAUUAUCCUCCGUCCGGCGCUGUCUUAUCCGUUCGGCGCGGGUCCGAGUGCCUGUAAGACGCUGGUGCCGGGGCACGGUAAAGAGCCGCAGCCGGCCGAUACGCUACCGUUCCUCAUUGAGCCCGAUGGAGAUAGCUUUGUUCUCAAUCGCAUCCUCAAAGUACGGAUUCGCACGGCGCACGGGAAAUACAAGAACCGGAAGAUCAGCGGCUUCUUCGUGCAGGCGCGCGCCCCCGACGGGAGCGAGGCCGUGGGAAAGUGGCAAGUGGAGGCCGGCACGGCGGCCGCGGAGGGCAGCAAAGUGGCCAUCAAGACGCAGAACUGCUUCCACGAGGCCGACUCCGUCACGCACGCCGACUCCAAACCCAAGAGCGCCGAUCUCAUCCUCCACUUCCUCCCCACCGGAAACAUGCCCGACCAGAUCCAGUUCAUGGGCACGAUCGCGCGUGAUUACGGUACCUACUGGACCAACGUGCGCUCCGCCAUCGUCAGCCGGCGCUUCGUCCCCGAAGCGGAAGCCCCGCCCCCGCCACCCCCGGUCCCCGUGACGACGCACGCGCCUAAACGCAUCCAGCACAUCACGCACACCAUUCUCCACCACGUGACCACGCCCCUGGUUCACCACGCCCACAAGGUCUCGCACCAUCCGCGACGCACCACGCCGCACCGGACCACCACCACCUCGACCACCGCGGUGCCGGUGACGACGGCGGACAUCGUGCAGCUGGAACUGGAUAAAUACAUGGAAGAGAAGAAGUACAUUGAGGAAAAAGAAAGGAACGCGCUCAUGGAGAAGGCCGCCGCCAAGCAUCAGGACAACGAGGAGAAUGUCCAGAACGACGGCAGCAACCCCGACUCGCAAGCCGCCAAAGUCCGCAACGGCUCCAAAACGAAAGCCGCAACCGACGGCAACGCAGCCGCCUCUCUCAGCGUUUCAAGACAUUUCCUCAUCCAUUUAUUCCUUUUACAGUGUGUCAUAUUUGUGACCUUAAGAAUAGCAACACGACGCAGUUAGAUGACUGCGCACUGCUCCCAGUUUUACCUUGUUGAUACGUACAAAAAGGUCUGAGUGUCAGGUUUCCGCGGACGGUGAUGGAGGGUCCGCUCUCGAUGGCUUCCAGUGUCGCAAUGUGGCGACACUCUUUGUAAAUGUAAACAUAUACAGAAACCGGAACUAUGUGCCCCGUGUGUGAGCCUUGCAUGUACUGCAUUUUCCCGUUUUCACUGAUUCUUGUUCUUCCGGAGUUUUGUUGUGCUUGGUUUUUGUUGAAGUGCCUGUGGUUGUUGAUCUGUUGAAUCUGCUGAGUUUAUUGUCGAAUGAUAACAUUAUUCUCCUUGA